UAGUGGGUAGGAGGAGUGUGUAGGGGGCGGUUGGCGGUGACCUGAGAGGGGGGCCUGCACCGGAAGCGGCCUCACUCGGGAGGUCUGCAGCUGGACCCCCUUCGAAUUCUUUCCUUUGUUCUCACUGGUUUCCAUCAUGCUGCUGCUGCUGUGUGGAGUUCUGGCUGUCGGAGGGAUUUUCCUUCUGCGUCUGACUGUUUUCAAGCUGCCCAGGUGUCAAAGUGCUGCAAAGCUUCAUGGGAAAACUGCCAUCGUCACCGGAGCAAACACCGGCAUCGGUAAGACCACAGCCAUGGACCUGGCCAGGAGGGGGGCCAAGGUGAUCCUGGCCUGCCGGGACAGACGGAGAGCUGAAGCUGCCAUCCAGGAAAUCAUCCAGAAAACUGGGAACCAGCAGGUGAUCUUCAUGCAGCUGGAUCUGGCCAGUCUGCAGUCCGUUCGUUCCUUCGCCAGUAACUUCCUGAAGUCUGAGUCCAGGUUGGAUCUGCUCAUCAACAACGCUGGUCUAAUACGUGAUGGAAAGACGGAGGACGGCUUCGGGAUGAUCUUCGGCGUCAACUACCUGGGUCACUUCCUGUUGACGCUGCUGCUGUUGGACCGGCUGAAGGCCAGCGGGCCGAGCCGGGUGGUAAACGUCGCCUCCAAGGCCUAUGAGACGGGGAAAGUGGAUUUUAAUUGCCUGACCACUCACAAAGAUUUGGGUUUGGGCAACAACAGCUUCCAGCUCCUUAUAACGUACUGCCACAGCAAACUGUGCAACGUCCUGUUCACCUACGAGCUCGCUAAGAGGCUGCAGGGCUCCAACGUCACCUGUUACAGCCUCCAUCCUGGAGCCAUAGCGACGGAGAUAUUUAGAGACUCUGGCUUUUGGUUCAUGCUCCUCAUGAAGCCCCUGGUCUUCCUCUUCUUCGUGGAUGCUGAUUCUGGAGCUCAGACUACCCUCCACUGUGCUCUGGAGCCAGGCAUCGAACACCUCAGCGGACACUACUUCACUCACUGUGCCCCGCUGGUCAGCAUCGAGCCGAAGGCGAGGGACGAUGCCACCGCCAAGAAGCUGUGGGAACUCAGCGAGAGUUUCUGUGGUCUGUCCUAAAACCUGGAACCACAGCUUUGGUUAUAAUCUCUGCCAACAAGACCUAAACAGAAAAGUUGGGAGUCUUCUAUUGCAUAGGCCCUGAAAAAGUUAAAAAUGGUAUUAAUGCUGGCUUCUACAGAUUGCUUCAUGUGAAUCAAGAGUCUCACAAACCCAAACUAAUGUCAGUGUCAACCAGGUACAGCUCUCAGAAUCAUUGCCAGGUUAUAAGCUUCAACUGUGAAAAAGUAGAAGUUUGUAAGAGCUACUACUGUUUUGUUACAAAUAAAAAUAUCUUCCAACCA